AUGCUGGUUCUUAGAGCAUUCAUACUCUUAUUGCACAUUUUCCCCAGAGACAAGUUCCUAAAUGGCUGCCCAAUAUCGGCUUAUGACGCUGCCUGGAAGAACGCAACGCGAAGCAGUCAGACUUGGCGCUACCGCUGGGGCGCCUAUUGGCUUCCGGCGCUCGUCUCCAGGGGCGACGUCAAACCUUCGCUGUGGAUGGGCAGGAGGAGACACGCAAAGACAGCGAACGUAUCCGACGUGUGUAGAUCAACGCUGCUCUCGAAUAUGGUUGUUGCUCGCCAAUUUGAACGGGAUUACAGACUCAACAUGAAAAAGUACAUGAGCCUCUUCGGCAACGCAACUUUCAGUUUUGAGGACUUUCUCCGCCAUGUACUUUGGACAUUUGAUUACAGCGUCAUGGACCAUCACUGGGCUCCCCAAAGCUGCCUGUGCGAUCCAUGCGGACAGCACUAUGACUAUAUCCUCCACUUGGAGAACAUCGGGCAGGAGGCUCGACACGUGUUCGAUGCCUUGGGGGUUCCUCAGGAGGUUCAGUUAGGAAGUGAUCAUGAUACGAAAAAGGCUCUCAGUGUGUCCGAAAAUGGGUACUUCGAUGGCAUUGACAAAGCCAUUAUGACACGACUCUAUGUGCUUUACAAAAAUGACUUUGAUCUGUUCGGUUAUCAGUAUUAG